AUGCACCAUAUUGUACCCCAGGACACAAUAGCACGUGUGCUUGAGACUUGUUCGUUCGAAAGCGAAGAUACACGGAUCACAGAGUCUACGGUCAAUCUAGUAGACAAGUAUCUAGAAAUGUUUGUUCGAGAAGCAGUUCUACGAUCACUUGAAAAUAAAGAACAAGAAGUCAAGCAGGAAGAGAAUAACCCAUUAAGGGAAGCCACGGUCCUAACGCAUAAAGAUCUAGAAAGAGUAUUGGGCGUUUUGCUGCUCGACAUGUGA